AUAACUGGGCCACAACUGUCAUUGCCAUUGAACAGAGGUUUAUAGAUAAUUCCUACUUAUUACACUUUCUCAUCCCAAAGCAGACUGUAAGACAAGUGGAGCAAAUUUAGAGCUCAUAUAGCACUCUGUCUAAGCGCUCCUAACAUUAGCUAAUUUAUAGCAACCCCUGUCCGAACCCACAACACAGAAAUUAAUGGCAUUGCCUUCCAUUUCUGUGGUCCUUACACUUCUACUCUUCCAAAUCCUCAAAACCGACGCCAAAGUUUCAUCCAUCAUCGUCUUUGGAGAUUCCACGGUAGAUUCUGGGAACAACAACUACAUCCCGACAGUGCUAAAAAGCAAUUUCAAGCCUUACGGUCGAGAUUUUGAUGGUGGUCGAGCAACAGGCCGGUUUUCCAAUGGCCGGGUUCCCACAGAUUUCAUCUCCGAGGCUUUUGGGCUCAAAACAACUGUUCCUGCGUAUUUGGACCCGGCUUACACCAUCAAAGAUUUCGCUACGGGAGUCUGCUUUGCUUCAGCUGGAACUGGUUAUGACAAUGUUACUUCUAAAGUUCUUUCUGUAAUACCUCUAUGGAAGGAAUUGGAGUACUACAAGGAAUACCAAAGCAGGCUGAGAGACUACCUGGGCAACAACAAGGCAGACGAGAUUUUGGGUGAAGCUCUCUACAUAAUUAGCAUAGGAACAAAUGAUUUCUUAGAAAAUUAUUAUCUGCUUCCAAGCAGAUCAUCAGAGUACUCCAUUGAGGAGUACCAGAAGUUCUUGGCAGGCAUAGCAAGAAAUUUCAUUACAAAUAUUUACAAGCUGGGAGCGAGGAAAAUAUCGUUGACAGGGCUGCCUCCGAUGGGUUGCUUGCCGCUGGAGAGAACGGCAAACUUAGCAUCAGGUGGAGGAUGCAUUGAUGGAUACAACAAAGUGGCUAUGGAUUUCAAUCAGCAGUUGCAGUCAUUGGUGGAGACACUGAACAGGGAGCUUUCUGGGCUUCGGUUGGUGCUUGUGAAUCCUUAUGCUACUCUUUAUAAUAUCAUUCAGAACCCUCGUUCUUUUGGUUUUGAACAUUCAGCAAUUGCAUGUUGUGGGACUGGAAGGUUCGAGAUGAGCUAUUUGUGUGGUGAAGAUAAUGGUCUUACAUGUUCGGAUGCGAAUGAAUACGUGUUUUGGGAUUCUUUCCACCCUACAGAGAAAACAAACGGCAUACUAGCAAACUAUGCAGUCAGAACAUAUCUAGCUGUAUUUCUACAAUGAAUUUCCUCUUACAGGGAAUAAUUCAGUCUUUAUCAGGCAAGAAUAUGGAUACUACAUGAUAUGAUAUUCUACUCUACAUUAUUUAGUAUUUUGCUAUUACCCUAAAAGUAGGUGGAAUAGUCGAUCCAGCCACAUAUUCUAUUAAAAGCAGACAACAGGAACACAUAUAGACAAGAUAAUUCGAGGAACUACCAUUUAUGAAGACAAUUCCCUUCAUGCACGGUGUUUUUCAUAAUUUUCACAACUGGGACAACUAUAAUGUGUAAUUGUUAGUCUCUAUCUUGACAGGAGCCCAUUCUUGCUGCCCACCAAUAUUUUCAAAAAAA